AUGUCCACGAUCGCACCUGAAGUCUCCGCAGCGCAAACCCUAGAGACCAACGCUCUCAUCCACGGUCUAUCCACCGUAGAAAUCCAGGCACUCACCACAAAAUGCCUUGAAGCACGCGAAACGGCUUAUUGCCCCUACUCCCUCUUCCGCGUCGGCUGCGCCAUUCUCCUCAAAUCCUCCUCUACCAUCAUAUCCGGCGCCAAUGUCGAGAACGCGUCGUAUCCGGUCGGCACCUGCGCCGAGCGCGUGGCCAUGGCCACUGCUGUAGUCCAGGGCCAUCGCCUGGGAAGCUUCAAGGCUAUCGCGGUAGCUACCGAUAUGGAUGCCUUCUGUAGUCCCUGCGGCAUGUGUCGGCAGUUUCUACGAGAGUUUUGCGAGCUGGAUAUGCCGAUAUUUAUGCAUAAUGCUAGUGGGGCGUAUGAAGCUAAGACAAUGGGGGAAUUGCUGCCGAUGAGCUUUGGACCAGAUGCGUUACCGCCCAGGGAAGUGCUAGAAGCGCGGAGGGAAGAGAAACCGAAGACGGCGUGA